AAGAGUUUAGUAUAAAAGCUAACUUCGGCGAAGACCGAAAACCCUAAUUUCGUCGGAGCCAAGCAAAUUAUUUUUCCGUGCUCGAGGGAAAUUUUCGAUCAUGGCUGAAUCUCCGCACAGAAGGUACUCACGGUCACCUUUGCCUUACAAAGGGAGGUCAAGAUCACGAUCAAGAGGACGAUCGCAGUCCAGGUCUCGGUCCCCCCGCCUUAGGAGCAGGUCAAGGUCCCAAUCUCCAAGUCAUACCAGGACUGAUGCUGUGAAUGUUGGCAAUACUCUUUACAUAACUGGCCUUUCUUCCAGGGUUACCGAAAGAGACCUUGAGGAGCAUUUUUCGAAGGAGGGAAAGGUCACUGAGUGUCGCUUGAUUGUGGAACCCCGUACCCGAAUCUCCCGGGGUUUUGCAUUUCUUUCCAUGGAAACCGUCGAAGCUGCUGAUCGUUGUAUCAAAUAUCUUAAUCAGUCGGUUUUGGAGGGUCGGUACAUAACUGUUGAGAAGUCAAGAAGAAAACGUCCAAGGACACCUACACCUGGACAGUAUCUUGGUCUGAAGAAUUCCCGUGAAUCUAGUUACCGUUACGAUCGUGAUCGUGGCAGGUUCCGCGGAGGAUAUGGAAGGGAGGAUUAUUAUGGGGGUUAUCGCAGGUCUCCGCGGCGCUCGCCUUACCGGGGCGGCCGUGAUUAUUCUCCUCCUCCUCGCUACUCGCCGUAUGCCGGCAGAUCUAGAAGGGAACGGUCCAGGUCCCUGCCAAAUUCCCCUUAUGGCAGUCCAGACAGAGGUGGCUAUGGAAGGCGUUCAAAUAUGUACAUCCGGUAAAUUCUGAUUUCUUCCUAACAUUGUCAUGAAACUCGAAUCUUAUAUCGUGUUUGUCAGCAAUUAGAGCUUUUAAUUUAAAACCCAUAUGAACUAUUGCCUUUUUUCUCUACUCAUUGGGAAUGUACUUAGGCUUAUGCUGUAGGAUAUUUCUAUUCUGUUUAUUAGAUUGUUAAUUGUUGGAUCUGCUUAUUAAUGUGAUCUCCUUUCCGUUUAAUGUUAUAUGUUAUAGUUUUGAUUUA